UUCCACUCGGUGGCUGCACCUAAUGCGUAAUAAGCGACGCAUCAAGGCACUCCAACAGGUGUCACGACGCUGUAGCCUGCAACAACGCAUCUCUCUAACCUCGCGCUUUGUGCAGUGGCCGUCAACACAGCCGCAGCAUCAGUGCAUCCAGAGUCCCAGUGAAAAAUGGUGAAAAUAGUGGGAAAGUAUCAGCACGAAAGGAGUGAGAACCUCGACGAAUUCUUUAGAAUCCUCGGAGUCCCUUAUAUACCUCGGAAAAUGAUGUCAAUGGCAAAUCCAAGAAUUGAAAUCAGUCAGAAUGACGAUGAGUGGACGUUGAAAAAUGUCACAAUGCUGCGAACUCAGGAGAUUAAAUUCAAACUUGGUGAAGAAUACGAGGAAUUCAUGCCAUCUGGAGUUGUGCUCAAAAAUACGACAAGUCUCGAGGGAGACUGUUUGGUGACUAUUUCGAUCGGUCCUGAUGGGAAUAAAGUCACUCGAAAGUACGAGUUCAGUGACGACCAGCUGAUUCUAUGAAUUUUGAUUGAAAAAAAAUUUCAGACGUUGACCCAGGAGAAAAGUAACGUCGUCUGCACCAGAUACUUUAGACGACUCGAGUAAUUCGAAUCGUCAUCGAGUGAUCAUCAAUGAUGGAUUAUUUUUCGAGAUAUGAAGAGGGUGUGGUCUUAACUAUAAUACAACAAUGAUAAUAAAAGCACCUCUGCCUCCCGUUAUCAACUGCGCAAACGUAAACAAUUCCAUUCUUCCUCACUCCCUGUUAUCAUUGGAAGGAGACGGAUGGCAAUGAUUUUAUUGGAUCGUCGAUGUAUUCAGAUUCAACGAUACCAUUUCCAUUAGUUUAGCCGCAUUGUGAACUUUACAAAACAGUCUUCAAAGUGAAAAAUAAUUUUUUUAUUUCACUCUGCGGGGUCUUCGGGGUCUUCACCCAGACAAUUGGAUCGAAAUAAAAAAAAGCUCAAUUAAAUCUGA